GGGCAAAUCAAGAUGGCCGACGUCGCUGGCUUAAGAAGUUCGACACGGAGACGGUCGUUGAUGCAGAUAUGCGUGUGAACAUCCGUAAUUUCUUCAAACACAAGUGGUUCAGACAGAUCAAGCAUAGCAGCACCAUUUAAACUCGAGAAGAACAUUGUACAGGUACGGAGAUCAAAUGGAGGAUAACAGCCGAGGCGAGACCGUGUGCAAAGUUUGCGGUGACAAGGCUUCGGGGAAACAUUACGGGGUGCCAAGCUGCGAUGGAUGUCGUGGUUUUUUUAAACGGUCAAUCCGUAGGUAUGCAAGGAAUUUGGACUACGUCUGCAAGGAAAAUGGCCGCUGUAUCGUCGACGUUUCACGUCGCAAUCAGUGCCAAGCAUGUCGUUUUACCAAGUGCCUUCAGGUUAACAUGAAACGAGAUGCGGUUCAGCACGAAAGAGCUCCGCGCAACACAUCGUCGUUGGUGGCGGCCGCGAGGAGGGGGCCUACGGGACUUUAUUCCGGAAUUCCACACGUGUACCAUGCAGCAAGCAACCCCUACCAUCCUCUUCUGUAUCCGGCGCUGUUUCCCUUCAAACCGACGAUUACGCCAGCGUUCACGCCAUCGGUCGCGGCACACUUUUUACCACGAUCAGCGUCGGAACCAUUGUCUGUAACGACUGCUAAAGAGGAUGAAGUUACCAGUUCCGAGGAGGCUGGAUCGAUAGAAACUAGGAUAGAGCCAAAGGAAGAUUUAGUGAGCACUCGAUUAGCACCCCCGAUCAUUAACUCCGUAUCUUCGGAAUAUGUAACUAAUUUUUCCAUCUUACCCACGGAAAAUGUCUACGAAUUCGCGGCGAAAUUGCUCUUCUUUGCUGUCAGAUGGGCCAGGAGCAUUCACUCUUUCCUACAGCUUCCCUACAGAGAUCAAACUAUUCUUUUGGAGGAAUCUUGGAGCGAAUUAUUCGUCCUGACGGCUGCACAGUGGAAUUUUCCAGUGGAAGAGGUCACAUUGGUACCCAGCGAUGUACCAUCCGAAAGGAAAGAAGUACUGGUCGAGGAGGUGAGGAGACUGAGGGAGCUGUUGGGGAAAUGCGCCCUUCUCAGAGUCGACCACUCAGAGUACGCUUGUCUCAAGGCCAUCGUUCUUUUCAAAGCAGAAUCCCGAGGGCUUUGCGAAAGGGGAAGAGUGUCAGCGUUGCAAGAACAGACGGUUGCAGUGUUUUGCGAAAGGGAUGCCCGCAGGGUUGGCCGGCUACUACUAUUGUUACCUCCGGCGCGUGCACUUUGUCGAUCAACCCUGCAAGAAUUACUGUUCAAGCCCACGGUAGGUGACGUUAGCGUUGAACGAUUAUUGGGCGACAUGGUGAGCGCCCUCAGACCGACAUAACGUGACUUAUCGACGUGUCCUGCUCGAUUAGUAAGCGUUGUCCAAAACAAAAACAAGCCGUUCGUUCGAAAUCCGUAAUUGCAAUCACAGACGACAUACUCGAUAGAUCAAUAUUCUAAUAUACUUACGUGUAAGAUGCAUAGCUUGUUACGUGACAGAACUCUAAAUAGCAAAACCAUUACCGUGCUUAAAAGUCAAAACAAAUACAGAAAAACAUCGUUUGUUAACGAUUUAUAUUUCAAUAUUGAACAUUUUACCAGCAAAAAUCAGUCGAUGGACAGUAUAUUCAUUUAUUUAGAAUGGAUAGUAUAUUAUGAUGUACUAAUUCGUUUGUUAACGAUUUAUAUUUCAACACUGGUACAUUUUAUCUGCAAAAAUCAGUCGAUGGAGAGUAUGUUCAAUUAUUUAGAAUGGAUAGUAUAUUAUGAUGUACUAAUUCGUUUGUUAACGAUUUAUAUUUCAACACUGGUACAUUUUAUCUGCAAAAAUCAGUCGAUGGAGAGUAUGUUCAAUUAUUUAGAAUGGAUAGUAUAUUAUGAUGUACUAAUUCGUUUGUUAACGAUUUAUAUUUCAACACUGGUACAUUUUAUCUGCAAAAAUCAGUCGAUGGAGAGUAUGUUCAAUUAUUUAGAAUGGAUAGUAUAUUAUGAUGUACUAAUUCGUUUGUUAACGAUUUAUAUUUCAAUAUUGGUACACAUUCUAUCUGCAAAAAUCAAUCGAUGGGAAAAGUAUAUUUAAUUAUUUAGAAUGGAUAGUAUAUUAUGAUAUACUAAUUCAGGAGUUACCAGUCUGAAAAAGAUCACCACUCAUGGACCAUAAAACACUAUCACCACAUAGCGGCGAACGCCCGAACUAAUUCUCCUAUAUGUACGAAAAGAGUCGCCGAAAAACAAUAAUUAUUGCAAACUUAGAGCAUG